CGUGCGGAAGCGCUGCAAGACUGCUGCGGGCAGAGACAGUAGCAGAGCGAGAAGAAAGAUGAUGGGAGCUAAAAUCUUUUCACACAAGUGACCCAUUUUCUAGCGCAUAUCUUCGAGAAGCCUGGUUCUUGUUUUAGAUAUAUUUUUACAUUUUUUUUAAAAUCAACAACGAUGUCGGCGUCGGCGAUAUUUGUGCUGGACCUGAAGGGAAAGGUCUUGAUCUGCCGUAAUUACAUGGGAAACAUGGAUAUGAAUGAGAUUGACCACUUCAUGCCAAUGUUAUUGAAGCGGGAGGAAGAGGCAGAGAUGACUCCACUGGUUACCCAUGGCUCCUCGCACUUUCUGUGGAUCAAGCACAACAACCUUUACUUGGUAGCCAUGACCAAAAAGAAUGCGAAUGCUGCUCUGGUAUAUUCCUUCCUUUAUAGAAUUGUCCAGGUGUUUCAGGAGUACUUUAAGGAGCUGGAGGAGGAGAGUAUUCGUGACAACUUUGUGACUGUGUAUGAACUGAUGGACGAAGUAAUGGAUUUUGGAUUCCCACAAACAACUGACAGCAAGAUUCUUCAAGAAUACAUUACCCAGCAGGGUCACAAGCUUGAGGUUGGGGCUGUUAGGCCUCCCGCCACUGUGACCAAUGCUGUGUCUUGGCGAUCAGAGGGCAUCAAAUACAGAAAUAAUGAAGUUUUUAUGGAUGUCAUCGAGUCUGUAAAUCUACUGGUGAGUGCCUCUGGCACUGUCCUCCGAAGUGACAUAGUGGGUAGCAUCAAGCUCAAAGUGGUCCUUUCAGGAAUGCCUGAACUCAGACUGGGCCUCAAUGACAAAGUGCUGUUCGAAAUCACAGGGAGAGCCAAGACUAAAACCGUGGAGCUUGAGGACGUGAAGUUUCAUCAAUGUGUCCGUCUUUCGCGCUUCCAGAAUGACCGUACAAUUUCUUUCAUCCCCCCUGACGGCGAGAGCGAGCUCAUGUCCUACCGUCUUAACACAACAGUCAAGCCACUCAUAUGGAUCGAGAGCGUGAUAGAGAGGUUCUCCCACAGCCGUAUCGAGAUCAAGGUGAAGGCUAAGAGUCAGUUUAAGAGUCGGUCAACUGCCAACAACGUGUCUAUUUUGGUGCCGGUGCCCAAUGAUGCGGACUCACCAAAGUUCAAGACCAGCACGGGCAGUGCCAAGUGGUUACCGGAGAAGAAUGUGGUGCAGUGGAAUAUCAAAUCUUUUCCUGGUGGUAAGGAGUAUUUGAUGCGGGCACACUUUGGGCUACCCAGUGUGGAGUGUGAGGAGAUGGAGGGAAAAAGACCAAUCACUGUUAAUUUUGAAAUCCCCUAUUUUACAGUCUCUGGCCUUCAGGUGCGCUACCUGAAGAUUAUAGAGAAGAGUGGUUAUCAGGCCUUGCCUUGGGUGCGCUACAUCACACGAAGUGGAGAUUACCAGCUGCGGACAAACUAGAGGGUAAAGUUGCUGGAAGACGAAUGGCUCUCUGUGUGACUCCCAGGGUCUUACUGCAUGAACGGGACAGGAGAAAGGUCCCCUCUUCUCUUCUACCAAAAAAUUAUGGAAUUCCAAAAAAAAAAAAAGAUGUGCAAAUUUCAGAAUCUCCUGUUAUGCAAGCCCACAAAUGCCCACGGCAGAGUACGCUGGUUCUCAGAAGGAUAUCAUACUUUUUUAUAUUACAAGAGCAAAAGAUCAAAUACAUGUUUUUUUUAAAGAUUAUAAUAUUGCACAUUUUUGACUUUUUUAUGCCAAGAAAAACAAAUGACACAAUUUGAAUUUUAUACAUAAAAUGCCAACUAAUGUCAAUGUAUAAACACUUAGUAUUUGCAUAUUUUUAAACUCAGCAUAAAAAACAACUUUGGAAAGUCUUUUGUGGUUGUGCUUUAUCUUUGUCCUUGCAAUUUAUGUUUUCUGUUCUUAAAACUCCAUUACUUUCUGAGGC